AUGUGUGCUUUGGUGCAAAUCCGACAUCCAGAAUUUUACAUCAAACUCACUACCGUGUGGAGGUCAGACUUCGAGGUAAUGGUGGAAGUUCAACCCCAAAUUUUGGAUAGAAUCAGCACUCUUCCUCAAGACACAAUUGAAAAAAUUCUGACUCUUAUUCCAAUCGAAGAUGCAUUGAGGACGAGCAUUUUGUCAAAGAAAUGGAGGCAUUGCUGGAAGGGCAUGCAUAAACUUGUGUUUGAUGACAAGUACAUGAAUAUGUCAUCAAAUAGCAAACAAAUCAAGAAAUAUAAGUUUGUCAAUGCCAUCUUCCAUGUUUUGUUGCUACACAACGGUCCAAUAUCAGAAUUUGGUAUCUCUAUUAAUACUAAUAAAAAAAUUUAUGAUGAGAUUGACCAAAUAAUAGUUCAUCUUUCAAAGAGCAAAAAGAUCAAUAAAUUCAUCUUUAAGAGUUGGUCAAAUGACGUCAUAGAGUUAUACUAUUUUAAGCGCUACAAGCUACCCUCUGUGUUCUUUUCAUUUCAAGGACUAGAACACCUACAUCUCACAUAUUGUGUCAUUGAGCUUCCAUUAACAUCUGAUGGAUUUAUUAUGUUGACGAGUCUCAGAUUAUGCAGUGUCAACAUCACUAAGAACACGCUUCUACAAUUACUUACCAAUUGCCCACUACUUUUAAAAUUUAUCCUGAUGGGAUGUCAAAACGAUUCUACUACACAAGGAGACAAGUGUACAUUUCUUGAGCUAUCGGAGCGUUUACCUUUGGUUCAGGUUCUGAAAAUCUCUAAGCAUUAUAUGGAGCAACCUGAUGCUGCAGUUGGUAUGGAGAAACUUCCCAAUUCACUAGUUCACUUGAGGAUACUUGUUCUUGAUGUGUGUUUUCUGGAACAAAAUGGGCUUUCUUAUGCUCUCAGUGUGGUCAGCAGCUCCCCAAAUUUGGAGAAGAUAAAAAUCGAGUUGGGUUUGAAUGGUCAGCCUUGGGUUGGACAAACUUGCAAGGACUUGCUUGAUCUUCAAGACUACUCAGGCCGCCAUUUGGAUCAUCUUAAAGAACUGGAGAUGACAAGUUUCCAUUACUGUCCCCCAGAGAUGGCGUUUGUGAAAUUCAUCAUGGCUAAGUCACCUGUGCUUCAGAAAGCACGAAUAGAGCUCUAUACAACUGUUUCUGUUGACGAAGAAAAUAAGAUGCUUAGAGAUUUGCUACGAUUAACAUUUCCACGUGCAUCACCAGCUGUGGAUAUCAUUAUCGAACGCUAAAUUUAAUUUUCUUAGUUAAAUAAAAGGAUUGUUUAAAUGUAUUUUUGGGUUGAUUACAAGUAUUAUGACAACUGUUACUUUCUACCCCCUGUAUUUUCGACUAAUAAAACACUAGUGAAAGCUAUAGGAUGUAAGUGUUAUAUAAUUUGAAUACAAUACUAAAAACAAAAUAUGAACA